AUGCUGUAUCUGAUUUGCUCAGGUAUGUCUCGAAAACGUGAGCAUGCCGUUGAUUGUGAAAUGGCUAAACGUGGAGUAUGGCUUGUAAAGGUACCCCGCUAUCUGUCGGACUUAUGGGAAGCUAAUGCUGGUACUGAUGUCGGUCGGUUAGUAAUACAUCAGGGUGUCAAUGGAAAGGGUGAUGUAAGUUCUAUCUGGCUAAACUCUUUUUAA